AUGGCGCACCCUUCCUCACACGACACGCUUCCCUCUGCGCUCUCGUCGCUUUUCGAGUCGCCUCACCACCACUUCCUGCCCGCUGGCGGCGACGAGAAUGACAUUCUGAUCGACCCCUCGCUCGAGGACGCAGCCGCCGCAGUGGCAGUCGCACAGCCUCCCGUCUCCGAGUCGGUUCCCCAUGCCGAUACUGAUGUCGAUGUCGAUGCCGCUGCAGCCGCCGCAGCGACUGCGCUCGAGCUGGCCGAAAGCGAUGCUGGGGCCGACGUCAAGCACGACGACAACCGCAAGACCCGCGGUACACGUCGGUCCGACCCCAACGCCCUCGAAGUCACGCUCAUGUCUCUCCGUGGCGAGAAUGACCGUCUCCGCAAGAUGAUCGCCGCCCUGGAGGGCACGAUAAUGCCCGGCCCGACCGACCUGGACGGUGACGACAUUAUUGCGCAAAACACGCUGCGCGAGCUGGCCACAGCUGCUGUCAGCAGUGGUGAACUUGCCGGGUUUGGAUUUGAGAGUCUCCAGCAGCACCUGGAACAGCAGGCCCACCAGCUCGACGUCCCCGAGCCAUCCCUCUCCGGCGUCGGCGAUAUCGGUGGCGGCAUCGGCGGCGAAGACGGACCCAGCGAGGGGACUGCCGCCGACUUUCUCCACGGACUCGUGACGCAAGUGACAGAGGCACAGCCAUUGCCACACGCCGAAUCGGAUCCAUUCUGGAUCACGCGUGUCGCGCUCGAGAACGAGAUUGCUGCCACGCGCGCGUUGAUUGCCGCCAAGGAGUCGGAAAUCAGCGCCUUCCGCGACGGCACGGUCGCGCUCCCCAUCAUCGAGCCCGUGGACCGCGCCCAGCUCGAUGCCCAGGUCGCCAAGACGGCUACCGCGCUUGAUGCCAGCAGGAACAAGGCCGCAGUGCUUCGUGACAUUGCCGAGCGCAUCGAGGAGAACCGCCUGGCGCUGGAGCUCGAGGUCAGCGAGAAGCGCGACGAGCUGGCCUCGUCGUUUGUCCACGACGGUGAAGAAAGCGGCGACGGACACCGUGCCCUCGUCGAAGUGCGGUCGUACCUCGAGGGCGUGCUCAAGCUGUGGAAAGAUAAAGGCGCACUCCCACCUGCCCCACUCCCGUCGUUCCCAAUGCUCCUCCGUGCCGAAGGUAAUCUUCAACCACCGCCUUCGACCUUGCCCAAGAAACGCGGACGUCCCGCCCGCUCGACCCAAAAGCCCUCCGUCGUGCCCGCCGCCCUCGCCCACCUCGUACCGGACACCGAGACGGUCCGCCAGCGCGAAAAGGACAUGCCUAUCCGACGCAAGGGCAUCAAACGCAACAAGGUUGAGCUGGAACGCGAAAAGCAGCGAGAGGAGGAAGAGGGCGAGAUGCUCCGCAGCCUCGUUGGCAUCGGGGUCUGGACUCGCGAGCCCGGUUACGUCGAGGGCGAGCUGGAGGCAUAG